AUGACGGAUCAUACGUUGAUUGAGUCUAAGACACUAGACUAUUACGAAGAAUUGCCAGAUAAUAAAGAAAGGAUAUUCAACCUCCUGCAGUCUUAUAGCAAGAUCCCGGUAGACAAGAUCGAGGACCACUUAAGAGACAUUCGAGACCGAGCCUGGAAGGUUUUCCCAUACGGAUGCAUCGGCCGCUGGCUCUUUUUAGAUUGCGUUAUCACCAGUUCGCCCGAGUACCCACGUAUCUUGAAGCGGCUCGAAGCUGGCGAGGUCUUGCUCGAUGCUGGCUGCGCAUUUGGCUAUGUUUUGCGACAGCUCGCUGCUGAUGGCUCUCCAGCGUCGAACCUGAUUGGCACUGAUCUACAACAAGGUUUUAUCGACCUGGGCUACGAAUUAUUCAAGGAUCGCGAUUCAUUUAGUGCGCGCUUUAUUGCAGGCGACCUUCUGAAGCCUGAAGAUCCGAACCUUGACAGUAUAGAUGGUAAAGUCGAUAUAAUUCAUGCCGCAGCGUUAUUUCACCUAUUCGACUGGGAUGAUCAAGUCACGCUAGGGUCAAGAUUGGUAAAGUUCUUCAAACCGGAUGCAAAUGCAAUGCUGGUUGGAAGGCAGGUUGGAACGCUCUAUCCCACUAAACGAGGGACUCAGAAAGACCAAGACAUUUCUGGUUGGUACCGUCACAAUCUGGAAACAUGGCAGCAGUUGUGGGAUGAGAUUGGUGACAAGACCGGGACGCAGUGGAGGGUCCGUGGAACUUUGCAAGAAAUGCAGUCACGGACUACAGGCAAUGAUCUUGGCCGAGCAAGUCUGAAUUUUGUAAUCGCUAAGGUUUAG